CUCCUACACUCAAACAAGAAAGCCAUAACAGAAAGCAAUGGCGUCACAAAGAUUAACUCUGAUCAUAUUUCUCUUAUCCCUUUUCAAGCUUUCUUCUUCAAGCCUUAAUAAUGCUGCUGGCAUUACUGUGUACUGGGGGCAAAACUCUGAAGAAAGCGAUUUGUUAAGCACAUGUGAGACUGGUAACUACAAGAUUGUGAUCCUCGCUUUCCUCAACCAGUUCGGUGGAGGGAAAACACCAGCUUGGGACUUCGGCGGUCACUGUGACAAAGGUUCCGGGAAAAAGUGCACCGAACUAGAGUCCCAAAUAAAGUACUGCCAGAAGAAACGCAUUAAAGUGUUCCUUUCAAUCGGAGGAAACCUUGGCAAUUCAGACUACUCCCUGAACUCGCCGGAGGAGGCAAAGGAGGUGGCCAAAUACAUUUUCAACAACUUCCUUAGCGGCAAAUACGGUCCACUGGGAAGCGUCAAGCUUGAUGGCAUUGACUUCUUCAUCCAAAAAACGGAAGAUUACUGGGACAACCUUGUCAAGGAACUCGACUCCUUACGACCAACCAUUAGCCAUCCCUUUUCCUUGUCCGCAGCGCCUAGCUGCCUCACAUACCCAAUCCCCUUUCUUGGGAAAGCCAUUGCCACCAAACUCUUCGACUAUGUCUUCGUUAGGUUCUACGACAAGUCUAGUUGUUCCUACGUCAGUGGCACCAACGCCCUCUUGGACUCCUGGGACAAGUGGGUUGACUUGGUCGCCUCCCCUAACUUGCUCUUCGUGGGCUUGCCAGCAUCCCCAGACGCCGGUGAGGGUUACAUUCCGCCGGAGAUCCUCAUUGGCGAGGUGCUUCCGUACGCGAAACUAGCCUCCAACUACGGGGGAGUGAUGCUGUGGGAUAGAUACCGCGAUGCUAAGACUCGUUACAGUGAUAAAAUAUUGUUCGAUGUGACUAAAUCCAACGUGCCGGUGUCUGAGGCCCUUUCCGACAAAAUUUACCUGUGCGUGUCCAAGGCGUUGAACCGCGGCUUAGAUUACUAGGUUGAAAUGUACGACCACCUUAGACAUGUAUUAUGUAAGGAAUAAAUAACAUGUCAGUUAUGUAUCCCUUUCCUAAAGUUAUGUUUCCACGUGUGGUCUCAAUAAAUGUAAUGGAUGUUUUGCUUGAAAUUGGAACAGUGGCUCUUUUAGUUUUUA